AUCAUGCCACCACCAACAACACUAACUGAAAUUUUCGGCUUGGGCAACAAUGCAUAUUUCUCGAAUGGCAAAAUCGAUCGCUUAGCGUUUCUGAGAUCUCAAUCCGACUUACUAGACAAAGCCUCGAAACAUCCCAGUGCCAAAUACCUCACCUUCAAUGACUUGAAUGCACUACGAGACUCCAAUGGCAACUUUGCCUAUUCCAGCUAUGAAGACCUCAAAUACUGGAUCGGCGAACCCUAUGCUCAAGACGAAAAAGCUCAGAUCCAAAACUUUGAUCCCAAAGAGCAUCAUCCACGACUAGUCUUCCUCGGACUAGACCUCGAAGCAGGCUGCAAAACUCCCGCAGUCACACUUGGAAUGUAUCACGGCGUACCCUAUUUCGCCCUCGACGUCUCUUCAUCUCAUUACAAUCGCUUUCGAUCGAAACAACAACAACAGGAAACAGGAAAAGCAUAUACUCCCACCCGAAUCGAUCUCACACUCAACCACAACGACGCAGCAAUUCUCAGCCACGCACGCUCCCUCCUCGACUGGAACGCUCGAAAUCGCUUCUGUGGAGCGUGUGGAGGCAAAACAUUAUCCACGCACGGAGGUUCCAAAAUCGUCUGUCCACCCGCCGAUGCAGGUGUCCCGCGCACCACGACGGCCUGUCCGACUCGCACAGGUUUACACAAUCAAGCCUUUCCUCGCACCGAUCCGACAGUCGUCAUUGCUCCGAUUUCCGCAGAUGCGAAGCGUGUGCUUCUCGGACGAGGGAAACGCUGGCCAGAGAAUUACUUCAGUUGUCUAUCCGGAUUUGUCGAACCAGGAGAAUCGUUAGAAGUCGCGACGCGACGCGAAGCAUUCGAAGAGACGGGGGUGCGGUUGGCGCAUGUGCAAAUUCACUCUUCGCAGCCGUGGCCGUAUCCUUCGACGUUGCUGAUUGGUGCUAUGGGACAGUGUGUGGAGGGUGGUGAGGAAAUUACGUAUCCUGAGAGUGAGUUGGAGGAGGCUCGAUGGUUUGCUUUGGAUGAGAUUGAGCAUGCGUUGGAUUUUGGGGCGAAUGCUAUGUGGGAGCCGCCGAUUCGGGGAUAUGUGGGACCGAGGGUUCCGCCUGCUCAGUUGAUGGCUCAUCAGACUUUGAGGGGGGUUUUGAAAUUGUUCAAGAGAGGUUGA